AUGCCCGAAGCAUGGCGCGUCGCUUUCGCGUUGGACGUGUCCGUUUUUAAGCGUUGCGCUUGUGCGCGGUGCACAAAUCGUCACGCCCUCUCUGGGUCCAGUGAUUGCGAGAUUGAAUACGAACACAAUGGCGAUGAAAGACUCAUUGAUUUUUUCACUGUUAUCGGACGAGCUAAUGCCCUCGGAAAAGAGACCGCCCCAGCUACAAUACAUGUCAAAAUACAGCCGGUGAACGACGAGAUCCCACAAAUUGUGGAGAACGUCGGUUUGGAAUUAUGGGAAGGCGAGUGGGCAGUAAUAACCAACGAACGCUUAGCCGCCGUCGACGAAGAUACGCCACCUGAAGAUGUACGCUUCACGCUGACCCAGCCCCCGAGCAACGGUUUCGUAGCACUGGUUACCAACAUCGGUCAACCAAUUUUGACCUUCACGCAGGCCGAAAUUAACCGAAACGUGAUCGUAUUUUCACACACGGGACCCGAAGCCGGUGGCUUCAAGUUUCAAGUGGACGAUGGUUCGAACACAGUUAUGGGACAAAAGUUCACAGUCAAAGCGAAGGAGAUUGUCGUCAAUCUGACACGCAAUGAGCGUCUACGUGUUGAGCCAGGAGGACAGCAAAGCAUCACAUCAGAUCAUCUGAAGGCCAUAUCGACAAUGCGGCCGAAAAAUUCAACUUCUCUAAUUACGUAUGCAGUGUCGAAAGAGCCUCAAUUUGGACGAGUUUUGUUAGAGAAACUGGACGGCACCCUCGAAACUAUUAGCGAAUUUACACAGGACCAAAUCGACCAAACGCUUGUACUCUAUGAGAACACUUCGCCAACGAAGAACGACUCGUUCGAGUUUAGCGUUUCUACGAAUACUGGCAAAUUAAACAAGGAACUGCAUACGUUUACAAUCGAUGUGUCGCCUAAGAGCAUUAUCGACUCGCCGAUUGUCGUUCAAGCAAAAGAAGGCAAUUUGGCCGCGCUUCGCGGAGAUAUUCUAGCAAUUGGCAACGUCCUUCCAAAGGCCAACAUCUCUGUAAUUCGGCAACCACUUCAUGGUUGGAUUGGACUUGACGGACCAAAGGGCGUCGAGCCAACGGAAGUGUUUAGCGACGAGGACAUAAAUCACGGUCGCGUCUGGUACAAUCAUGACGAUAGUGAAACGUUUGAGGAUAAAUUUGUCGUAUCAGUCCAGCGACUGGAAAAGGUAGGGGAGCCACUCAACAUUUCAGUGUUCGUCGAAAUUGAGCCCGUUAAUGAUCAGCCGCCGAUGCUCAAAACUGAAGCGCCGGUUGUGGAGAUUGUCGAAGGCCAACACACAACUUUAACGAGAGAUAUGCUCUACACGGAGGACGCCGACAAUAUCAGCUCGCAAGUUGUAUAUAAUCUAGACUAUACCGACCUCGUGACUUUCAUUAAGAACGAUUCAAAUCCUGUGUGGACAUUUACUCAACAGGAUAUUGAUGAGAUGCGAAUUUCCGUCUCGUGCAAUAAUACCGAGGCCAAUGCAAUAUUCGAAAUAAAAUUUCAGGUCGAUGACGGUAUUCAUGCGGCACAUCACGCCGUGCUAACGGUAACAGUAAAGCCACCGAUAUUGACGACGACGAGGAAUUCCGAGGUAAUACUAACACAAGGGUCGUUCUAUCGUGAAAUAACUAACUUUGAACUAGACGUCGAAACAGACAGUAAACGAGAAGAAUGUUGGUACGACGUAAUUCAGCCGCCUGAAAAUGGGCACAUUCACCUUCUCGGCAAUAACACAACUGUGUUCCGUCAGGAAGAUGUCGACACGGGCAGUGUUCAGUAUGUGCAAGUAAACAAUAUUACAGCCACCGAGGAUUUCUUUUUGGUUGAUAUACACUGUCAGAGCGCAACUCUGAAAGCAAUUCGGGUUAACGUGACCGUUAUUGCCCUAGUCAACCAAGAACGGCUUCUGGAAGUCCCCUUGCACAGUCGUGGCAUUAUUGGUAAGCGCCAUCUUGACGCGAGCAAGGUCGCGGCCAAACAUCAGAGCAACCCUCGCUUUCAUAUCACCCGAAAGCCGAAAAAUGGUAUUGUUGGCAAGCUCGGCGUAGGCCCCGUGGAUCAGUUCACGCAUGAAGACGUCCUCAAUUCACAAGUGUACUAUCAGUCGCGUGGAGGCAGUGCACCGUCCGAGGACAGCUUCGAGUUCAAGCUAUGCUCCCCGGGCGUACAGCCUGGAAAGGGCCAGCUAAUUAUUGUUGUCACCCGGCCUUCCAGCGUUCCCGAGGUAGAUGAUUCGGUUCCGAUGACAACGCCGGAUGUGCCUGUUAGCGUGGAAGUGCCUGUAGCAUCGACAACGACUGUGUCGUUGCUUGAGUUGGACCGGAGCCAGGUUCACCAGGUAAUCCUGCUUUUAUCUCUAGUCGCCGUGGCAAUCGUAGUUAUUUCGGUGGCAUUUGUCUUCCUUCUCUGCAAGGUUGUGCGCCUGUCGAGCGCGUCGUCAUGCAAGAGCCAAGGAGGUGGCAGUAACAGCAGCACGUACGUGUCGAACAGUGGAUUUCUUGAUCAGGACGAAGUAGACCGCUUUAUAGCGCAAACCGCGCCCCCACCACCGCCCCAGUUGCGAAUCGGAAUGACGGCAGAUCACGGCGUGGAAACGCCGGUCAUCCUCGAUUACACGGCAUCGCUGCAGGACAACCACAACACGGCCAUGCAGCUCGAAUGCCAAAGCGGCACUGGGCGCGAGGCUGAGGAAUCUGAUUCGAAAGAAGGCGGGGCCUCAUCUCCUAUUCCGGUUUUACGUAAGAAUCAGUAUUGGGUUUGAUGUUUAGAGGCCCCGCCGGGG